GACCAUUUAUGUAAUUUACACUCAUAUAUAUUAAGAACAAAAAGGACUGCAAGAGGGCAGUAAUUUACAUCCUUCGAUCCUUAUCUCUCCUGCUAAAUCCAAAGCAAUUACACUCCGGCUACCAUGGUUAAAGCAAUCAGAGUUCAUCAGAAUGGUGGUCCUGAGGUGUUGACAUGGGAAGACGUUGAAGUCCCAGAACCAAAAGAAGGAGAAAUCAGGUUGAACCAAAAGGCAAUUGGUCUAAAUUUCUUGGAUGUGUAUAUGCGUCAAGGUCUAUACAAUACGUGUCCACCCUUGCCAUAUAUCCCAGGUAUGGAAGGAGCCGGAGUUGUAACAGCGGUGGGUCCGGGAGUAACCAGCUGCAAAGUUGGAGAUGUUGUGGCUUACGCAAGCUCGAAGGUGGGUGCUUACGCCCAAGAGAGAAUACUUUCGGCAGAUGAAGCUGUUCCUGUUCCUUCAUCCAUUGAUCCCGUUGAAGCAGCUGCCAUCAUUUUCAAGGGACUCACUGCGCAUGUGUUGAUCCAUAAAGGCUUUAAGGUUGAACCUGGGCAUACGAUCCUUGUACACGCAGCGGCAGGUGGAGUCGGAUAUUUGCUCUGUCAAUGGGCAAGUGCGAUCGGAGCCACCGUCAUCGGAACAGUGUCCACCGAGGAGAAGGCUGUGCAAGCGAAAGAAGAUGGAUGCGAGCAUGUGAUUCUUUACAAAGAUGAGGACUUUGUGGAACGUGUGAUGGAGAUAACAUCAGGCAAGGGGGUGGAAGUAGUUUACGAUGGAGUCGGGAAGGACACUUUAAAUGGAUCAUUAGCAUGCUUAAAGAAGCGUGGAUGCAUGGUGCUCUUCGGAGCGGCAUCAGAAUACACAGUUGAUAAUCGCGAGGAGCUGCUUGAAGCUGCUGAAGAUUUGUUUUCUAAUGUUGCAAAAGGAGUGUUGAAGUCUCGUGUCAAGCAUAAAUAUCCUCUCUCUCAAGCAACUCAAGCUCAUGCUGCUAUUGAGAAUCGGGAAACAACUGGUUCGGUUGUGUUGAUUCCUGAGUCCUGA